AUGCAGUUGGUUCCGAAGGAGCUCGACAAGCUCACCAUCGCGCAUCUGGGGUUCCUGGCGCAGCGUCGCCUGGCCCGCGGAGUGCGCCUGAACCAUGCCGAAGCAGUGGCUCUGAUCUCCGCCAAUCUCCACGAGCUCAUCCGUGAUGGCAUCUACUCCGUCGCAGACCUCAUGUCAAUCGGCAAAACCAUGCUAGGCCGGCGCCACGUCCUGCCCUCCGUGGUCGCCACUCUCGUCGAACUCCAGGUCGAAGGCACCUUUCCCACGGGCACGUACCUCGUCACCGUCCACCACCCGAUCAGUAGCGACGAGGGCGACCUCGAACGCGCGCUAUACAGUAGUUUCCUGCCGAUCCCGCCGCGAGAUGCGUUUCCAGACCCAGACCCCAAUGAUUUUCUGCCUGAGAAAAUGCCCGGCGCGAUCAUUCCGGUCAAGAGUGCGAGGGUCGCGUUGAAUGACGGGAGGAGGAGGAUUCGGCUCAAGGUUAUGAGCAAAGGGGAUCGGCCGAUUCAGGUGGGAUCGCACUAUCACUUUGUCGAGACGAAUCCGCAGCUGCAUUUUGAUCGUAUCCAGGCGUACGGAUUCCGUUUGGAUAUCCCCGCAGGCACAUCGGUCCGCUUCGAACCAGGCGACACGAAGACGGUGACCCUCGUUGAGAUUGGCGGGAACCGGGUUAUUCGCGGCGGAAAUUUCCUGGCCAAUGGGCCCGUGGAUCUCAGUCGGACCGAGGAGAUCGUGGAGCGCUUGCAGACGGCUGGGUUUGCGCAUGUACCGGAGCCGACGGCGGAUAGUGCUCUAGUUAGUGGGUUUUCGAUGGAGCGCGAGGCGUACUCGCGCAUGUUUGGUCCGACCACUGGUGACCUGGUGCGACUGGCACUGACGAACUUGUGGGUGCGAAUUGAGAAAGAUCUGACAGUCUACGGGGAUGAGUGCGCCUUUGGUGGCGGCAAGACGUUGCGUGAGGGAAUGGGCCAGGCAUCUGGGAGGUCGGCGGCGGAGUGCCUGGAUACGGUCAUCACGAACGCUAUGAUUAUCGACUGGACCGGUAUCUACAAGGCCGACAUCGGAAUCAAGGACGGUCUUAUUGCGGGCAUUGGCAAAGCAGGCAACCCGGACGUCAUGGACGGUGUGCAUCCGGACAUGGUGGUGGGAGCCUCCACGGACGUGAUGGCUGGCGAGAAUAAGAUCAUCACUGCAGGUGGGAUCGAUACACACAUUCAUUUCAUCUGUCCGCAGCAGGUGGAUGAAGCGCUGGCAUCAGGCAUCACGACCUUCCUGGGCGGUGGCACUGGUCCCACGACAGGAUCGAAUGCGACGACGUGCACACCCGGGCCGAACCAUCUGCGCCAGAUGAUGCAGGCCUGCGAUAGUCUUCCGAUCAACAUCGGCAUCACGGGCAAAGGGAACGACUGCGGGCGGGUGAGCAUCGAGGAGCAGAUCCUAGCUGGAGCAGCCGGCCUGAAACUGCACGAAGACUGGGGUUCAACGCCAGCAGCGAUUGAUACCUGUCUGGGCGUCUGCGACGAGUAUGAUGUCCAGUGCAUGAUCCACACAGACACACUCAACGAGUCCGGGUUUGUCGAGCAAACCAUCGAAGCCUUCAAGGGCCGCACCAUCCACACAUACCAUACCGAAGGUGCCGGCGGCGGCCACGCCCCAGACAUCAUCUCGGUGGUGGAGCACCCCAACGUCCUACCCAGCAGCACGAACCCAACCCGACCAUUCACUCUCAACACGCUCGAUGAACACCUGGACAUGCUGAUGGUAUGCCAUCACCUAUCCAAGAACAUCCCCGAAGACGUCGCCUUCGCCGAAAGCCGCAUCCGCGCCGAGACCAUCGCCGCCGAGGACGUGCUGCACGAUCUCGGCGCCAUCAGCAUGAUGUCCUCGGACUCGCAGGCUAUGGGCCGCUGCGGCGAAGUCAUCCUGCGCAACUGGCACACCGCGCACAAGAACAAGGCGCAGCGCGGACCGUUGCCCGAGGAUGAGGGCACGGGCGCCGACAAUUUCCGGGUCAAGCGCUAUGUGAGCAAGUACACCAUCAACCCUGCUCUGGCGCAGGGCAUGGCGCAUGCUAUUGGGAGCGUGGAGGUAGGCAAGGUCGCAGAUUUGGUCGUUUGGAACCCGAACACAUUCGGAACGAAGCCGGUGCAAGUCCUAAAGAGUGGUUUCAUCGUCAUGGCUGAGAUGGGUGAUCCCAACGCGUCCAUCCCAACCAUCGAACCUAUGAUCGUGCGGCCUCAAUUCGGAGCUCGUCUCCCGAGCGCUUCAAUCAUGUUCGUCUCCCAGGCCUCCAUUGACGCCGGGGUCGUGCAGUCCUACGGUCUGCGCAAGCGCAUCGAAGCCGUUAAGAAUUGCCGCUCUGUCGGGAAGAAAGAUAUGAAGUUCAACGAUGCCAUGCCGAAGAUGAAGGUUGACCCGGAGAGUUAUACCGUCGAAGCGGACGGCAUGCUGUGUGACGCUGAGCCUGCGGCCGAGUUACCCUUGACGCAGGCGUACUAUAUCUUCUAG